AUGGCUUCAUCGCUGGACGAGACUACAUUGGCCGACACGCCGGCUGUUCUCGCAAUUCAAGAUGAGCUAGAACGAGAUGAGCAAGAAGACUGGGAGUAUGAGUAUUCCACCACCGAGACCGAAACCUACUACUUGACGCUCGAGCUUUCAUAUCCCGAAUUCAAAGACAGACAAUCCAGAGCACCUCACCACAGCCGGGGAGGGUACUACAAGAACUGGCUAGAUCAUAAUCCUAGCCAGAUGAAGGGCAUCGGUGGCCGGGAUAACCAAGCAGACAAUGACGAUGAUAACGACAACGAGCCGCUACCAGAGCCCGAGGCCGACGACGACGAACCCGAGAUCGACCCCGAGCUCAACAAUGACAAUAACGAGAACAACGACAAGGGCAAGGGCGUGGAUGCUCGAGACACGAGGGAGGAGGACGGCGACAAGAACCAGGACGAUACAGAAGAUAUCCAAAUACUAGAGCUUCACUCUCAAAACCCCGUCAUAGCAUACAAAGGCCGCGUUUUCGAGGGACAAUGGGCCGAAAUCAUCGGCACAGAAGCCAUAUUUGCGGUACGCGACAACGAGAACCCAUUGCCUGCUCUACGCCGUCUGGAUGGAAAUAUCGACUUUCUCGGCGCCUGCGCGUCGAGAAUUACUACGACCGAAAACUUGGUGAAGCCAAAGAUUUCUCGGGAAGACCCUUUGGCGGCUAUUCGAGAGGAAUGGAACAUCCGAAUUCCAGUCGGCAAGGAUAGAUCAGGAGAACGAGCUCAGCAGACGCGAUUCUUGGAGAAUUUGAUUGCGCUCAAGAAACAAAAGGGCGAGACAGACCAGGUCACAGUAUGGGCAAAGGAUGGUGAGGGCAAAGAUUUCAAAGACAACCGAGACCCUGAUUACAAGCCUCGGCGAAGGAGGAGGAUGUUCAACGAAGACGGAGAGGAAGUUAUCCCAAAGCGCGAGCGCCGACGCGGAACUGGACGAAAAAUUGGGCGACCAAGGGGUCGUGGUCGCGGACGCAGAGCAACAUCUACCGCAGCACCAACAUCAACGAGGGGAGAUCUCGGCAGCCCCGCACAAGAAGGGGCUCUAUCGACGCCAACGCCUAGCCGGUGGAAUGAUCUUUUUGAGAGGGAGGAUGACGGUAUGGACGAUGACGAGGACAACCAAAGCGAGACCGACGACGACGAUGACGGUGACAUGUCAAUGGCAGAUUAG